AUGGCAACUCAAGUCAAAACAUGCUCUAAUAUAAAACUUUCCAACUCUCCUGAGUCUUCUCACGAAAGUUGUGACGCAGUCGAUGCAGUCGAUACGGAAAUGACCUCUCCACUAACCUCGAUUGAUAACGAUAGUACUCGUAGCUUUACCCCCGACAAGAUGGAUGCUUUUCAUUUGGCUCGCGAGCGCGAAGAUCAUCUGCGUAGGGGAGCAACACCAACCCAGGCAACUAUGGGCCCCAAUAACGACGUAAACAACUGGCGCCGCCAGUCUUUCUGCGACCCUGCAUACGCUGGUCCAGAAGGAUACACUCCUCUAACUAUGGUUCGGCCUGGUCCAGUGUAUCCUUUACAAGAGCAAAUUAGUUCUGCGUAUGCAUAUGGCAUCCGUCGUGCUGAUGGCUCAUUUACACGACUGUUGCCUGCGGAUGAGCUCCCUGCUUUGAACGGAAUCCCUCGCCACCAAGGCCCAGAGGGCAUAAUCAUCGUCCCAGAGCUCCAACACAGUUCUCCUAAACCAGAGUUUGCGACACCAAUGAUCCCUAACAAGAUCGUAGCCAAACUCCCCCCGCUUUCUCCACCCAUCUUUGGGAUCAACCAGCAAGGAUCUUUCCGUCGACCAGGUGAUCAAACUCAGUUGGCUAUCGACUCUAUCGUUGCUUCAUCCGCCACUCCUCCAAUGAGUGUCUCUCCAGCUAACAAUGCGAUGGUUCCCAUGGGUGCUCCUAUGCGUCGAGAAAAAAUUUAUUGCGACAAGUGGGUACAUGAAGGCACUUGUGCUUUUACACAAGUUGGCUGCAAAUACAAGCACGAAAUGCCAAUGGAUAAGAGCACCCAAGUUUCUCUCGGUUUGAACCACGGUGUCCCAAACUGGUAUCGUCGCCAACAUGGCCUUUCUGUCUCUCCACCAAGUGGAUCAAAUGGUCAAAUCGAAGUAUCUGGCACAACACCAAUCAGUACAACAGCACGUACGUCUCAAUCUUGGCGCCGUAAGGACGUCUCGUCUUUCUCUCUACCAGCAUCAACCCAAGGUAGUGCAAAUGGUCGUGUAGAUCGUCGUGGCUCGUUCGGUCCUAUUGGUCCUCCUCAUACCCGCCGUCUUACAGCCUCCUCUUCUGGCGACUCCAUGAAUCGAAGCCAUCUUUCUGUACCAGAAAACCAGGUCGAAGAAGAUGGUGAUGUCAAUAUGCAAUGGAACGGUCGAGUUCGUGGUUAUACCAAUGGCCAUGAUCAAAGCCGCAGUCGUCAACAGUAA